AUGACAGAGCGCUCAGAGCACAGGAGUUCGUCUGUACUCGAACGCGUCUCCCGUUCAGAAUGCUUAAAGCUUCUACAGGCUGGCGGUGGCGGUGAAACAGCAGCGUUUCAAGAGUUUCAGUUUGAAGGUAUAUACAGCUUCAUCGCCGACGAAAGAAGCAGUGCGGUAGUGAUAGGCGGACCUUCUGCCGAGUUGAAGGAAUCCUUCAGGCCUGAAGGUUCAGGGUCCUGUUCAAAGCAAACGGCUCAGUUGCCCGAAAUCCAAAGAAUUCCCCUCAAAACCCAGAUUACUGUUGCACACAGCAACGAAGAAGCUAUUUCGAACCAGCUAUCCUUUCGAAAUAAGCGUUACCCCCUUGAUGCAGCUAUUACGGCAUAUGUUGUCUGCAACAAACGAUGGCAUGAGUUUCGUGAAAGUUUGAAAAACACUGCAAACUCCACAAAUCCACCUGCUGAGGCUUCUGCUGCUUCCGAUGUAGCUUCUGCUGCUUAUCCUUCUUGGGACAGCAGCGUUGAGUCUGAGGAGUGUUUGAAACGACUUGCAUCUUUUUCUGUAAUCACAACUCGCCGUUGCCUGCGUGAAUUGCUGCGUUUUCUUUUUCCCAGUACAACACGUUAUCACAGCCCCUUCACAAGUGACGUCGACUUGGUCGGAAAUACUCUUAUAUUUACCUCCAAUGUACCAGCAAAGGGGAUUUCCACGGGCUGCGGUCAUGAUUUCGAACGCAAAGUCACGAACGCCGCUGCAAUGCGUAUGCAAGGAGGAAAAUUAGAGGAAUUGACGACAAGCUAUGUCGUCUGCUCUUUCAACUUCUGCCAGCAAAUGCGAGUGCUCAUCACUGCUGAGGUUGAUGCAAUAGAUCCCGAAUUCAACUUGUUGCCAUCUAAAGGGGCCAGUGCCAGCAACAGCAGCAACAGCAGUGCUGAUCGUUGUGGAAAGAAGUGCAUUUACACAGAGGAGAGGAUUGCCUCGAAUCCAUGUUACAUUCACAGUUGUUUCGAGUUAUCCCUCUUAGAGCAGCAGUUGGUGAUGGGUUGUCCACCAUUUGUGGAGUUGAAAUCUCACGGAUUUUCAAAUAGCCUUCAUUGGGGUGAAGCUGCAGAUCAAAUGCUCCUGGGGGGCGUGAAGAUGCUGUUGAAGGGAGAGCACUACAGGGGCUCUGUAACGAAGCUUGAGCUCUUUACGUAUGAUUGCGCUCGAAAGCUAAGCGGCUCGAGAGCAAAUCCGAAUGACAAAUGGCAGAGUCUGCUUGCACUGCUUCAGCACUUGCACAAGCUUGCAGAACAGGAAAGAUCUCUUAGAGGGUCUGACGUGGGGUGUAUUCAAAUUACGUAUGAUGGGCAAUCGGACUUCUUAACUAUAAGAGGCAGAAGCAGCGAAGAUGUUCGCAUUUCUCCAGAUAUAGCGAAAUGGCUGCAGCGGAAACCACGAGGCACAGAAACGCAAACAUGA